AUGGAAGGCCCAAGAGUUAUUAUUUCAGGAUUUGCAAAGAGUAAGAGGAAAGGAUCUCCUAAAAAGAAUGCUGAUCUCCUUGAUAUAAUUAGUCUAAAAGAAGAAACAAAGACACCUUCUGAAGAAGAAAAAACCAAGAAAGAAGAGAUUGAAAAUCCAGACCACACAGUCCCAAUUAUCGAGAAGUACUACCUCCGCUUCCCCCAACUCCAAAUCAAUCGCAAAAAUAUCCGCUCUAAAAAGAAGCUGCGACAACUAUUCAUCGACACCGUCAAAAAAUACAUCGGAGUACCUUACGCUAGGCGCAAGUACACCCCUGACGAGAACGAGUACUACUACCCUAUAUAUUUGGACUGCUGAGGACUUAUCAGAAGAGCCAUGUAUGAUCUUAAGGAUAACUUUGGCUUCAAGAUUGGGCCCGGAAAUCAAGGAUACCAAGUAGAUACUCUUCCCAUCGAUCUCCGACAAACUGAUUUGAAGCCAGGUGACUUAAUCUUUUAUUCAGGAACUGCUAUAAAUCCAAAGAAAAAGCCUUGGUGGCAUCACAUGAAACAUGUUGAAAUGUUUACUGGUGGUCCUACAGGGGUCCAAUCUAUCGGCUCUAGAGGAAAGAAGAAAGUAGUGAAUUACUUUGAUAGUUUUAAGUUUGUCUCAAGAUCUUACACUGACAUAAAAUGGCAUUACAAGUCAAUAGACACUUGGCUUGAAGGAAAAUGUAAGAUUGUUUGCCAGGUGCACAGAUUAAAAGGGCCAAAGAUGAAGAAAAAGGUAAAAUCUGCGUAUUUGAAACGAGUCCAUUUCAAAAAACAAAAACAGAAACAGAAAAGACUUGAGAGUUUUGAGCAAAAGAAAAAUACUAAUUUUAGUGUUUUCACUGCUUUCACAGAUAAGUCUUAUUCUUUCCCGGCUUUCCAAUAAGUCCUGAAUAAUGUCAAGGUUAAGAUCCUCCCAUCGGAGACCGAUGAGCCAGGUGAAUGGAACGAGAAAGCGAGGAU